CAUACGAGUAGUAAGGGUUUUGAUUAGAUAAAGUAUUUUUGCGUUAGAUCUACUUUAUGUUUCAUAAAGGUGGUCGUUCAUUCCGCUAAAGUGCUAAGGUCUUUAUAUUAUUUCUCGAUGUAUUUUAAUUUACGUUCCAAGAUGCAGGAAAUAAGAAAAUGAAAGCAACAUAUCACAAUCAACAGGACUGUAGAUUUUUUAACAAGUUAUUUAUUUGAGAUUUUUCGUAUCUCUUAUAACUCUUUUCACUGGAUGUUGAAAUUACUUUCGAUUCUCCACACUAUUUCUAGUAUUUGUUUACCUACAUUAUUUUAUUUUUCUCCAGAUGGUGGCGCCAGAUACUCACAGCCUGUCACAUUUCUCUCGCAAAAGACGGCUUGCCUGAUAAUCUAAGCAAUAUUUAUUUAAUGUUGUCAUACUUGCAAUUUAUUAUGUCAUUGCUUUUUAAUGAACAAUUGAUUGGUGGUGUCUGUGAUCACCAGCAGGUGCAACUCCCUGUUUACAGUGCAUAACACAUGCCUGAAGGAUGUGGUUAACCAGGUGCAACAACUAUGCCCGGAAGCCUUCGAGAGGUUAACAAGUUUUCCAACCUUCAGAUUCAAACAGAUAAAUCAGAUGAACUACAAGGAGAACACUUUACUUGCAGAUGAACGACUUUUGUUUUGGUAAAAGGUUUAGACAUGUUUCCAAGGGUUAUUUUAAAUGGGAUACUGAUCAAGAAAUCUCAACAGAAGAAAAUUGGAUCUCCAGAAAAUUACAAGGAAAGAUUCUUUGUAUUGGACACUAAAGAACUGAAAUACUCUGAGUGCCGUCCAGGGAAAAAGCCUGUUUUGAAAGGAUCAGUUGAAUUGAACAAAAUAAAGUUCGUAGAGGUUGUGAAUACUGAGCUCCCCAUUCCAUGCAAUUUUAAAUUUCCCUUUCAGAUAUUUUAUGACAACUACUACCUCUACAUUUUUGCUCCUGACAACAACUGUCGGCAGCAAUGGGUAACCGCUCUGAAAGAAGAGACACAAUGUAAUGAUACUGUCACUAAGUACCACCCAGACAUGUGGAUGGAAGGUAAAUGGAGAUGUUGCCAGCAGACAGAGAAACUGGCAUUGGGAUGUACCGAAUAUGACCAUACGACUUUAGCAUCUAAAAAACCUCCCAUGCCAAAUCCUGAGAUGAUACAGCCUCAUACUGACAUGAGGGUGGUCACAGCUAUACAAGACUUUACACCAACUGAAAUAGGAGACUUACAAAUAAAAAAAGAUCAGAAGUACAUUUUACUUGACGACUCAGAUUUGGAUCGGUGGUUGGUGCAGGAUUUGGAGGGGAAGACAGGGCUCGUACCUAGUACAUAUGUUGCUGGAAAAUUUGAAACUAACUUUAGUCGAUUUGAGUGGUUCAAUAAUGACAUUAAAAGUGACGAAGCAACACAAUUAUUGUCAAAAGAGGCCAAAGAAGGUGCAUUCAUGGUGCGCAGAUCUAGUAGGCCAGGUCAAUACACAGUGUCUGUAUUCUCCAAUGUGCCUGGGGCCAAUGCUGAGAGGAAACCAAAUGUGAGGCAUUACCUUAUCAGACAGAAAUUAAACAGUGAAGCACCAUUUUACGUGGCAGAAAAGAAGUCAUUCAGCACCAUUCCUGAGCUUGUGCAUUAUCAUCAACAUGAUUGUGCUGGGAUGGUAACACGACUAAGGCAUCCUGUUUCUCGUCCAUUGAGUGAUCGACGGCCCUCUAUAGUACCUGAUGAUCCAUUUGAAGAUAGGGAGAUGAAUCCUUUAGAGCUGAAACUGGAGGAAAAAUUAGGUUGUGGGCAGUUUGGUUUGGUGAUGGGAGGAACAUGGAGGGACAAGAAAGUGGCAGUGAAGAUGAUAAAAGAAGGAGCUAUGUCAGAGGAAGAAUUUAAAGAGGAGGCAAAAGUAAUGAUGAAACUGUCCCACUGUAAGCUGGUCCAGCUGUAUGGAGUGUGCACACAGCGCUCGCCCAUGUGUAUGGUGUUUGAGUUCAUGGAGCAGGGUGCAUUGCUGGACUAUCUGAGGGUCAAGAAAGGGGACCUGUCACAGGAAGCACUACUGGGGAUGUGUUUGGAUGUUUGUGAGGGAAUGAAUUACUUAGAGAGCUCCAAUUACUUACACAGGGAUCUGGCAGCAAGAAAUUGUCUGGUCUCGAAGGAUAAUGUUGUCAAAGUGGCAGAUUUCGGCAUGGCAAGAUUUGUACUGGAUAAUGACUAUACAAGCUCUCAAAACUCAAAGUUUCCUAUAAGGUGGUCUGCCCCUGAGGUUAUUCGAUAUGGGAAGUACAGCAGCAAGGCUGAUGUCUGGUCUUUUGGUGUGCUCAUGUGGGAGGUAUACAGUGAAGGUCGUUUACCUUAUGAGAAACAGAACAAUAUGGAGGUGGUAAACUCAGUCAACAGAGGACAGAGACUGCCAAAGCCAGACUUAGCCCCAGAAGAUGUGCAUGUACUCAUGAAGUGGUGCUGGAAGGAAAAGCCGGAAGAUCGUCCAACAUUUGCUCAGCUUCUGCAUCAAUUACCGAGCCUUCCAAAUGAAUGAAAACAAUACAAUCUAGGUCUAUUAUUUUACACUGUUGACUCAACCUUUGCUCUAUUUCUGUUGUGGUUUUACAUUGAAGGUUUGAAAUAUGGGGCAACAUGCAACCUACUGUAAUAUAAAAAAAAUACAUAUUUUGUUAUACAAUCAUUCCUUAGUCCACAUAUUUGUCUCUACUCAGAUGAGUUUGAAGUAGGCCUAUUUUUAUGCAAUGCUUUUUUGUCUGUCUCUAGUUUCGCCUCUAGUUCAUUAUGAUGGCACAGUCAAAACUGGAUAUGUUUGUUUAAUAAAUGAUAAAAAUGUGAAUAGAUCUCAGACAAAAAAUGGACUACAUUUUCAGUAUUAUGGAUUAUUACACUAAUUCUAGGCCUUUACUUCUUCGACUGCUACUAGGCCUACUGCUACUGCAGUUACUACAACUACUAAAACAGACCUUUAAUCUGUGUGGCAAACAAUAGUAAGAAAUGACAAAUCUUACUUUAUCUUACAAUAAAUGAUCUUACAAUAAAAUACAUUAACAAUUUGUCAA